AUGCGUAUUCGGUUCAUUUGUUGUCGUCUGUGGGAAAAAACUCUCGGGAAUGGCAGGCUCGUCUCUUCAGGUUUAUUGUGUCUGCUUAUUACGCACUGGAUCGUAGUUCUGACGUUGCCAAAGACAGUUUUUAUGAAGCUCUGGGUGCCUUUUAGACCAGGUGAUAUGGGCGUAAAAUGCCUUGCUGUCCUACCACCCGAAAAAAGCACGAGAGCUGGGGAUACUGCCAGGCUGUCCAAACCUAGACACGGGGGGUCGAGAGGCAGAUGUCGGAUUCGAACUACGGACCUUCCGGUCAGCAAAUUCAUGCUCUUAUCACUGAGCCAUCUCGUUUGGCAGUCAUUGGUCACUAGAGCCACAGAAACAGUCCAACAGGGAAUGAUCUGUUACACCCUUUCGGUGCCUAGCUGCCAUGCCACCCGGAGGAAGCACGAAGGGUGGGACAUUGUCAGGUUGCGCAAACUAGUCAGGGGAAGUCGAGGGCGGAGGUUGAACCUUCCCGUCAAUAAAUUCGCACUCUAA